AGCAACUAUUAACCUGAAAAUUUUAUGACAUUUGUUUACACAGAAUUUUAAAAGUUGAUAUAAAAUUUGUAAUAUAUUAUUACAAAAGUAAUAAUGAACGAUGAGAGGUUUUUAGUCAGUGGUUGGGAAGAUGAUCUAAAUGAUAUAGACCCAUCAAGAAAUCCUGAAGAAAAAUUACAGGAAGAUAUGUUAAAUGCUUGUGAAAACGGAAGUAUAGAAUUAGUCAAACAACUCAUAGAAGACCAUCCUGAGCUUAUUAACUCUGUGGAUAAAGACAAGUACACACCAUUGCAUAGAGCUUGCUAUAGUAAUAAUGUAGAAAUUGUGGAUUAUUUGCUGCAAAAAGGGGCAAAUAUUGCAGCACAGACUGAAAUGAUGUGGCAACCAUUACACUCUUGUUGUCAAUGGAAUAGUAUAGAUUGUGCUGCACUACUAAUUAGACAUGGGGCAGAUGUCAAUGCGAAAUCUGAAGGAGGCCAAACUCCUUUACACAUAGCAGCUGCAUCUCACGGAUCAUCUUAUAAUACUGUACAAAUGCUUUUGAUGCAUCCCUACAUAGAUCCUACUAUAAAAAAUAAAAGUGGAGAAACGGCAAAAGAAAUAGCAACUAGAAGUUCUCGAUUUUAUAAUAUAUUUGAAAUGGUCGAUCCACUCUUAGAUUUUUCAAGUGCAAGGAAUUUGAAGUAA